AUGGCCUCUACUCAAGAUACCAAGGUGCCUUUCUUCAAGAAAAAACGCGCACGGCCAACAACGACACGCCAACGUUCCGCUUCACCUCCCACUUCCGCUCUCAGCGUCACUGCUCCAGUACCAUCUUCAUCCAAAUCCGAGGUUAUUCUGCCAUCGCGCAAAGGCACUUCUAGUCUUCUUAGCGCCGGUACUAAACGAACUUCAUCACAACGACAUGCGGAAGAACUCGAAGACGGUGGGAACGGAGAGGGGCCAGGGAUCAAUUGGACCACAUCUGGAGGACACGUCAACGCUGCUUUAGAGAUACUGCAGGGGGACGAGGCAGAGGAAAUGGUGUUGAAGAAAAUGAAGAGAGCAGAGCCGGACGCGGAUGAGGGUCCUGAUGAUGGAUUGUACCGUGGCCAGAAAGCAUACAAGUCACAUAUCAAGAAGAAUCAAGAGGUACCCAAGGCGAUGCGUGUCGGUCCACAACGGAGCAAUAACAGCACGAUUCGCACUGUCACUAUAGUAGAUUAUCAGCCAGAUGUGUGCAAAGACUAUAAAGAGACUGGAUUCUGUGGUUUCGGUGAUACAUGCAAGUUUUUGCAUGAUCGUGGUACAUAUCUAGCAGGGUGGCAGCUUGACAAGAUUGCCGCCAACCCCAACAAGCAAGUCCAAGAUAAUUCCGGGUCAGAUGACUCGGACGACGAAGACAUCCCGUUUGCGUGCAUCAUUUGUCGAAAGCCUUAUACGGAUCCUAUCAUGACACGCUGCAAUCACUAUUUCUGUUCCGCGUGUGCCAUCAAGCGCUUCACGAAGACGCCGAAGUGCGCCGCCUGUGGAGCCCCCACGGGGGGGAUUUUUAAUAGGGCGGCCAAGGUGAUGGAAAAGCUGAAGAAAAAGCAGGAGGAGGAGGGCGGGGACAGCGAGGACGAGAAGAAGAGAGAAAUCAAGAUUGAGGGAUUGGGACAGGACGAUUCAGAGGAAAAUUCGGGAGAUGAGACAUGAUUCAGGCUACCGUCAGACUUUGAGACGUUGCUUCUGUAUGUUGUUUGGACAUCUUUAAUUCGAUCGUGAUUUUUCGCUU